AUGAGUAGCGCAAAAACUAGUGUUGCCAGAAAAUAUCCAAUCCCGGAACACCCUGUCCGCAAUAAGUACCAGGAGUGUCUAUUUGUAAGAAAUCUCAACUUGCUUCUAGAAAUUAAUAAAUGGUGGUUUGAGUACUCGCUAUUUUCACCAAGGGACUUUCCCAAUCUGUGCGCCGAUAGCGCCAUCACGUUCACAGACUUAUUAGAGGACCUGUAUUUACGUGAUAGAAAUGACCCUGACAGAAAGCGAUAUAAAUUCACGGACUUGUUUAACUGGGAAACAUACGUCUUGUGUAUUUACACGGUGUGCGACAUCAUAAUGGCUGGAAUGCCGGACACCCAACAGCGCCGUCUGAUAUCCAGCUGGCGAUCCUAUUUAGACGGUCAGCAAAAAUCCAAACAAAUAAUCGAUAAGCGGGAAAAUGUAGACCUAGAUGAAAUUAAUAAAGCAAUUAGUGGUAUGGAAAUUAUAAUAGCAUUGAUUGAAUACUCGGACGAAAUACAUGUGCCGGACAACGAGUGGUCUGACCCGCGGAUCGCACGGCUCCGGGAUCUCUGCAAUCUGUCAAUCGUUUACUUGAAUGACGUCUACUCUUUCGAGAAGGAGCUCAACGAACAGAACGGAGUAUUGGAGCAAAUGCUCGUCAAUACAGUCGCCUAUCACUCGCUCCGGGAGGGCAUCACUAUAGCCGCAGCCAUGCGUAAGACACUGGACGCCAAGCGGGACAUUGCGUCGGAGUUCGACCACUUGUGUGCCGAUGUGUUGGCUUCGGACGAGUUUAGUGCCGAUACUAAACAAUUUGUGCGGACAUUGGAUACUAUGAUUGCCGGUAAUUAUCGUUUAUUAGUCGCCUCGCGAUAA